CGGUUGCCCACACGUUUAGUCUUGUUUGUUUUGUUUACAUUAUAGUUGCUCCGAAAGCAAGUUAUUACAUUUUACUACUUUUCUCUUUUCUCGUGUUCAAAUUUCCGUUUCCACUCGAAUUUUUCCAGUUAUACCUUCGCAUUUUUCAUCUUGUUCACUUCCUUUAUUAUCGCAAUACUUUCAAAAUUAGAGAACAGCAAUAAUUUUUCCCAUGAACUUCCUGAAUUUUCCCUUGCCUCUUCCUCCCUGUUCUUCCUCAGUUUCCAUGACAUUUUUCAUAGUGUCUAGCGUCUUUUGUCUUAACAUUUUGUGAUCUCUUUUGAUGAUUUCAUAAUUGAAGGCAUAAAUUCCGGGAAAUUUCUAUCAUGCAAUCGGCGGCUCUGUGCUAUACUCUUUUCAAUAUAAUUCAAAUAUAUAAUAAUUAUACUUCGUGUGCUUCUAAAACCGUACAUGGCCGUGACUUUCAUAUCAACAAUAUCAGCACUUUGGGCAUCGGCAGAGAGGGCACCGCCGGGCGUGGCACGCAAUCCUCGCAGUCUCUGCAGCCCCUCCAUUAGUGCACCUUGCCAUCUCCCAAAGGUGCGUCAUAUCCCGCCCCUCGGUGAGCGACCCUGUCUAAAUAGAACUCGUGCGAGGUCUCCUCAUUUUUGUCUUCGUCAGCCUCUGGAUCAAGGUCUUUUCCAAGAACUGAUUCGACCAAAUAAUCAGGUGAAGGCUGCAGGCGAAUGCCAUAGACUAGAAGCAAUAGGAGUAAAGGGAAGAUCACGGGUAGCGGCAGUGAACUCAGCAGGGUGUCGACCAGAAUCAAGAGACUCCCGUACAGAUAAUGAGCGCCGACCUGCAGGAGACUUCUCAGUCAGCAGUGGUGGUUGCAAACCCUGCACGCAAAGUGAUCAAGCCUGCAGUCACUAGGGUCAACAACAAGAUUCCUGAUGAAAUCAUUCAAGAUCACAUGUUAAAUGCAGCCAUCAAGGUGCUUCCCCCGAACUACAACUUUGAAGUCCACAAAACGAUUUGGCGUAUCAAGCAGCUUGACGCCAAGAUUGUUGGCUUACAGCUACCUGAAGGCCUCCUUCUGUUUGCCACCACACUUGCUGACAUCAUCGAGCAAUUCACGGAAUGUGAAGAGGUUGUCAUCAUGGGAGACGUCACUUACGGUGCCUGCUGUGUAGACGAUAUAACUGCAAAGUCAUUGGGAGUUGAGCUUUUGAUUCACUAUGGACACAGUUGUCUUGUGCCAAUUGAUAGGACAGCUUCGAUCAAAGUGCUCUAUAUUUUUGUGGACAUCAAAAUAGACAUUCUCCAUUUUAUUGAGUCUGUGAAGUUGAACUUCACUAUCGAAAAGACUCUGGCUUUUGUGAGCACCGUCCAGUUCAUUGCAUCACUCCAUGGAGCAGCGUCCGAAUUACGAAAAUGCGGGUUUAACAUCAUUAUUCCUCAAUCGAAGCCUUUGUCUGCUGGUGAAAUUUUGGGCUGCACAUCACCCAAUUUAGAGACCAAUGUUGAUGCCAUCAUUUAUCUUGGAGACGGAAGAUUUCAUUUGGAGUCUGCCAUGAUUUCUAAUCCAACCGUACCAGCAUACAAAUUUGAUCCUUAUGAUAAGAAAUUCACUCUAGAGGAAUAUGACCAUGAAAUGAUGUUGUCGUUUCGAAAAGAGUCUGUUGACAAGUCCAUAAAAGCUGGAACGUUUGGGCUCAUUUUGGGUACAUUGGGUAGACAAGGCAAUCCCACUGUGCUUUCAAAUCUUGAGAAAAGCAUCACCAAGUCCAAUCUGGAGAGUGUGGUCGUACUCCUGUCGGAAAUAUUUCCACAAAAACUUGCUCUCUUUGGGCCUUCUAUAGAUGCUUGGGUCCAGGUGGCGUGCCCUCGCCUGAGCAUAGAUUGGGGUCGUGCUUUUCAAAAGCCCCUAUUGACGCCCUUUGAGCUCAACAUGACUCUCAGGAGAGACAACACACUAACCAAGGAUGGUCACUACCCAAUGGACUACUAUGCCAAUGACAGUCGAGGAGACUGGACGCCUAACCACCGACACGCACAAUGUGACUGUGAUGCGGCUGAGAGGUGCUGA